AUGGCACUUAGACAUUCUCUGAAACAAACUGCCAAAAUCCAGUCUGGACCACAGCUAACCCUAGUCACACCAGAGACUGUGGAGGAUAAACCACCAACAGUAAUGGAAUCUGCAGAAGAAACUAAUAGAAAACAUAGCGUGUUGAGUUCCAGCCUUCAGGACAGAAAUUUUAACCAAGUCAGUUCUGUUUUACUAAAUUCUGCCUGUUCAGAAAAGUUGCCAAUACCAGAACAAGUCCAUGAUUUGGAAGUUGUGAAUCCUUUAAAAACAUCAACUGUUGAGGUAACUCAGGCACCAUUAAAUGACACCCAGUUUUCAUCAGGAAAUUUUGCCAGCAUUGCACAAAAUGUGCCAACAAAUUCUGAAAUAAAUUUUCUUCCUCAUUCUACAUCAUCUGAGGAAUAUAUUUCAAAAUACCCAAAUAAAAAUAGGCUAAUUCUCAGUUUACUUACUUCUGGAGAUAAAACUCAGAAGAAAUUAUUAAAAGAUACUAGUGAACGUAUUCAUGAUUCUAAACAGCAUAAUUUUGAAAUGAAUCCAAAUACUGAAAACACUGGUAACCAACUGAAAACCAUGGAAAUUGUAAAUCCUCCAGGGACUUGUAAUACAAAUGCCAAAAUUGCAGACACUUCUUGCUUUGAGUGUAAAUCCUUUAAUGGGGUGUCUUCUAACAGUGACUCUAACUUUUCCAUGGAGUUGCUAGCAACAUGUCUGUCUUUGUGGAAAAAGCAACCUUCAGAACCUAACAAAGAAAAACAGGGUAAUGAGUCAAAAACAAACACAACAGCCAUUGCAGUUUCAAAGCCCGCGCCCAUAUGUGAGAGUAGUCCAUUUUCACCUGUGGGAAAUUCUCAGAAUAAGAUAAUAAACAGCUCACAAGAAACUGUUUCAUCAGUAGUAGCACAAAAUUAUGAGUCUUCAGGAACAACUACUACAAAAGGGAUUGCUGUAGUAUCACCCUUAAUUCUUUCAGAUGUCAAUACACUGUCUGUCAAAGAUACAGCAUCUGAAGCUUUACCUGAAACAGCAUAUCCAGUUAUUAAAGAAGGCAGUGUUUGUAGCUUACAAAAUAAAUUGACGGAAAAUACUGCUGCUUUGAAGAUUAAUGUUAAUGAACCAGUAACAAGUACUACAGGCAUCACGAUUUUCCCACUAAUUGAGGACAAGCAAAGUGAGUCAACUAAUACUAGUUCAGAAGGCAUACCUAAUACCAAUCAAGGAAAGCACAAUGAAUCAGAACCAGAUAUCCAGUGUUCUGUGAGUGAUCAGCAAGCCUCAUAUAUAUCAAAGGACAGUAGUAGUGUGGGCAGUGAUGUAUUACAGAUUGGCAGUAUUUGUUCUCUUGUUGAAGGUGAUACCUCUUAUGAUUCCCAAAUAGCAGAAAUAUUCAACUUGCUCCCUUUGCAAAAAGUUGAGCCACAGAAACCUCUACCCAAUCACCAAAUGAUGAAUAGUGGACAACAAAAUGAACGUUUAGACAGCAUCACUGAAAAUAAAGACUUUGACUUUAAAAAAGAUGAAUUUGUGCAGUGCACAGAUGUUUCAAAUAAAAUAACAGAUCAGUCGGAAUCACUGCAACCUCCAGCACUGUCACAUUUGAAGUGUGUUGAAGUAAAGAGUGGAAUUCUAGAGGAGAGCAGUUUAGAGCAUAUCACUGAAAAUGAAAGCAUGGCAAAUGAUACGUGUUCAUCAGCUGCUAUUCAGCAGGAUAGUUACCCUCAGGAAGCUGAUUUGUCCUGCAGUUACACUGAACAGGAUCCUACAACAGAUGAAAGUCUCCGUGAUAAGACAUCUAUCUUAUACCUACAUGAUCAGCUGUCAGAACUUUUAAAAGAGUUUCCCUAUGGUAUCGAACCUGUGAACAUGCAUGAAAGUUCUGUGGUACAGCAGAUGGCAGACCAAAUCUCAGAAGCUCAAACUUGUGGUAAAACUGAUUGUAACUCCAGAGGUUCAACAGACCAGAUACAGAUUACAAUAUUAAACACAGAUCAGAUGAAAGAAUUGUUUCCUGAACAGGACGAUCAACCCAAUGAGGUAGACAAAUUGACAGAACCUCAGGAAGAAAAGCCUGUAACAAAGGAAGAGAACCAGUGUGACCCACAGGCACGCAGAAUUGAAGAACAUUGUGAUUCUGUACCAUUGGAUUCGGAAAAAGAUGAUGUCCGUUGCUGUGCGUUGGGGUGGCUGUCUAUGGUCUAUGAAGGAGUACCUCAAUGCCAGUGUAAUUCCAUUAAGAAGUCAACUUCAAAAGAAAAAAAACAGACAAAUCCAUGUUCUCCUUCAGAGGCCAAGAGUUAUAAACAAGGAGAGAGAACCUCUGAUAGAGAUGUUCCUGUUGCAUUUAACAGUCCUCCAAAUAAUCCUCCAAAGAUUCCUCUGACUUGUCCAGUUGAGAAAAAACAUUUUCCUGAAACAGAGCAAAGCAGCAAUAUAAAAGAUAAAUCCAAAACGGAAUGUAACAGUUCACUAAGGACAGAGCAAGAAUUAUCCGGUCAACCUUUAUCUAAAGGUGAUAAAAAAAUGGAUUCUUUGCAGAGUCACAAAAGAAAGAGAAAGCUGCAAUUUCAUGAGGUAGCUUUUCAUUCUGCUAAUAAAAUUGCAAAAUUUUCUCAGGAGAGCCUGCAGAGGAAGUUUAUGGCACAAAACGUACGGCCACUAAAACCAAAGAUGAGUGUUUUGACAAGCAAAACUAAAGAUUUGAAUAUGAAGAAUGGUUCUUUGGUACACUCAGUAUCACCAGAAAAGAGACAAUUGAAAUCAGGUGGCUCUAAACAAAAGUCUUUGGAAGAAAGGAAGUUAGAUGAACGGAUCGUACUUGAUUCAGAGAUAAAGAGUAAGAAACAUGAUAAACAAGAGCAGAAUAAAAAUGUGGCAGGUGGUGCAUUUAAAUUCUGUAGUUUUUCAACUCCAAGUGAAAGAGCUUGGAUUAAAGAAAAGACAGUAUCAAAUGUUAAAUCCUCGGGCUCUAAGGAUAGCUCAUCUAAAAUUAACAGAGUUCUAUCACCAAAGGAGUAUUUAUCAAGGCAGAAGCAUAAGGAAGCAUUAAAGAAAAACUAUCUGAAAAGCAGUGAUUCUCAGCAUAUGAGGCCCAGUAAACUUUCUGUGCAGGUGGAAAGUUGUGGGAAAUCAAGUGAGAGACCCCAUGGCAGUGUACAGACCUGUAAGGAAUCAUUAAAUAUUGGUUCAGGCCAUGGUAAAAGCAUCAAAACCCAUCAUUCCAAAGAGUCUAAAACAUAUAUUUCAAGGAAUAUUAAAGGAACAGUUGGUGGAAAGCAGUCUGAUAAAAUGUGGAUUGAUAGAACCAAGCUAGACAAAAAUUUAAAUAAUAUAAAUAAUGAAGGUGAAUUAAGCCAAAUGUCUUCCCAAACAAAGGAUCAAAGGAAGCUGUAUCUGAACAGAGUUGCAUUUAAAUGCACUGAACGUGAGCGCAUUUGUCUCACAAAAUUAGACAAUUCACCCAGGAAGCUUAAAGAAAAGAGACCAGAAAGUAAAUCUAAGAACCUAUUACCUGUGAAAGAUACCACAGAAAAACUAAGCAUGCUGGAGUUUAAAUUAUGUCCAGAUGGAGUGUUUAAGAAUACAAACACUGUUGAAGACCAGAAGGAUCUGCAACACAUAUCCAGGAAGGAGCAAGCCCCUCUGCAAGUUUCAGGAAUAAAAAGUACAAAAGAAGACUGGUUAAAACGUGUGACUGAGGAGAAAAGGAUGCCGGAAGCCAACCAAGAAAUAGAUGAUAAUAUUUUGGCUAAUUCAAGGCUCUCCAAGAGAAACUGCAGUGCAGAUGGAUUUGAGAUACUACAAAACCCAGUAAAAGAUUCAAAAGCAAUGUUUCAAACCUACAAAAAGCUGUACAUGGAGAAGCGAAGCAGAAGUCUGGGUAGCAGUCCUGUAGAAUAAUUUUGAGACUUUAAUUCUUCUGGUGGUUCUAAUUACCACCAGAAAGUUUCUGUUAAAUAUUUUUCUGGAGAGGCUCAAGAUUGCCAUGAUAAAAUUUCUGAGUCUGGUUACCCCUAAGGUUAUACAUAUCAUUGAAAUUAAUUAAAUUGGCUUGAGAACCUUAUUUUGUGGGUAGCAGACAUAAGAAAUAGGGUAUUUGUCAAGGAAACCAUAAGCUGUUGAAUUCUGACAUUAUUGAACCAAGUGUACCAUUAUUUUAAAAGAAAUUUUUAUACAGAUCUUGUUUUGAAAUGCUAACUAUCCAUCAUAAGGGAGAUUUGUUCCAUAUUUAAGGACUAGUUUAUUUCCUCUGGGACUGUAUUUUUGUUUCUAAAACUUUUUAGCAAAACUUAUUUUUUCAGAAAUGCUCACUGUGAAUGUCGAAGUAUAUUCUUUAGUGUUUUAUACUGAAUUGUUAACUUUUUGUCAGAAGUCUUGUUUUAUACAUGUUAAACAGAGUACAGUUUUUGGAAUAAUGUUUAAACAUUACUUUUCAUACUUGAAAUAAACAUUUAUUUUUUAAAAACUAAAAAAAAAAAAAAAAA